UGUCGGACUGGUUUGGUAAAGUUUGGUUUGGUUGUGACGGCUGUGUGGGUCGUUGUGUGGUUUUGUGAAUGAAGAGUGAAGUGGAGUGAAACUCACAAAGCUGUGUUGGAAGUUCGUUUAUUCGAACAUGGCAGUGGUAAAGUGAUGAUUUCGAGACUCCACUCUCGUGAUAGUUGUGAACACCGAUGAAACGACAAUAUGAACGGCUGGCCCGACGUACCAACUCGGACCCGCUAACGUACAUGCAGAAAACAAAGAAAACGUUGGGGUCGUCGCGAACGAGCUUUCUACAGCAGAUCAUGACUAUUUAAUAAAACGAGAAAAUAAUGGAUGGAACACGAGCAGCAGAAGUAUUGCCAUUGCUGCAAGAACGUUUAGCGAUACUACCAGGUGGAAGGGAUCGUAGAGGAGGACCUGUGCUUCUGUUUCCAAGUACACCGAGACGCGAACGUGCAAAACCCGAGGAUUACAGACGUCUUCUACAAUAUUUAUUUGCCAUCCCGAGCGAUGAAGCCAGGGGCUUGCGAUUUACCGUGAUUGUGGAUAUGCGUGGUACAACGUGGGACUCGGUCAAACCAAUUCUUAAGGUGCUACACGAGCAUUUUCAUCGUACAGUUCAUGUAGCUUUUCUUAUUAAACCAGACAACUUUUGGCAAAAACAGAGAACUUCAUUGGGUAAACAGAAAAAAUAUAAUUUUGAGAUUAAUACAAUCAGCUUAGAGGCUCUUGUAAAAGUUAUAGAUCCUUCUCAGCUUACUGCAGAUUUAGAUGGAUCCUUGCAAUACGAUCAUGCCCAGUGGAUCGAUACUAGAUUAGUUGUGGAAGAUUUUACGUGGCAGGCAGCAGAUCUUCUUGAUCGAUUAGAUGACUUGCAAGAGGAUCUCAGUCGAAAUGACUUUGCUGACGAUGUUGCGGGAGCUAAGCACGGAAUUGAUCUACAUAAUGAGAUGAAAAAAAAAAUUAUUAAAGUCCCAGUGGAAGAUAUCCAAGUUGUUGGACAACGCUUGCUUCAGCGAUUUAACGAUGACGCAACCAGUGGAGAAGGAGGAAGUAUUGACUGUGGCGCGGCAAGUUGCACAGAUUCUGAUGGACGAGCACUGGCUACCUUGGUUAUUCAGCAUUUGGAUUCUGUGCACGCAGCACAACAGCAUCUCUUACAAUUAUGGCACAUCAAGAAGAUGAAAUUAGAUCAAUGUUUUCAGCUCCGAUUAUUUGAGCAAGAUUGCGAGAAAAUGUUUGAUUGGAUUUGUCACAACCGAGAAGCGUUUCUCGCUAGUUACGUGGAGAUUGGCCGAUCGUAUCAGUUGGCCAAAAAUUUGCAGGAGGAACAUAAACAUUUUACAAUGAGCUCGAUGAAUGUUUACGUGAAUAUCAAUAAAAUUCUCACAAUGGCUGGCAAAUUGCUGGAGACACAGCAUUAUGCGGCUGGGCAUGUACGAGCGGUGGCAGGACGUCUGGAUCAAGCUUGGAAGGAAUUUGCCGCAGGUCUUGAUGAACGUACCGCGGUACUUAGUUUAAGUGUAGUGUUUCAUCAUAAAGCGGAACAGUAUGUCGAUAAUGUAGCUGGCUGGAGUCAAGCGUGCGAGAUGAGUAAUCUACCCAAUGAAAUUCCAGUGCUUGAAUCUCACAUUCGCCAACACCAAACUCUUUAUGAAGCAAUGUGUCAGGCAUAUACAGAGGUUUACAAUGCAUAUCAAGCAUUAUUGAGCGGCCUGGGUUCAAUGCUGCAAGUAUGUCAUAAUGUGAGCGCCCAUUCUUCAGGGUCGGAUACAUUUCGCGUCGAUUAUGUGCAUAGUACCAGUAAGAAGCUUCUUUACCAACUGGAUCAUCUUGUGCAAGUCUGUAAUCAACCACAAGGAAUUGACUAUGUCGCCAGAAAACAUAGUCAAGAUGGACACAGUAUUGACAGUCAUACCGGCACGAGUGGUAAUCCAGCGGCUGAUUACAGCGAAGGUGCAUCUCACGUAUUAGCUGUCAUUCAUCAGAUUUUGGGUCAUCACAGAGCAUUAGAAGCGCGCUGGCACGCUCGCAAAGUCAAGUUGCAUCAACGGCUUGCAUUAAAAUUAUUUCAAGAAGAUGUAAAACAAGUUCUUGACUGGCUGACUAAUCAUGGCGAAGUCUUUAUUAGAAAAAAUACAGGCGUAGGUCGUAAUUUGCAGAAAGCACGCGUCUAUCAAAAAAGCCACGAACAUUUUGAAAAUGUUGCUCAGAAUACUUACACAAAUGCGACUAAGCUUUUAACUGCUGCCGAAGAACUUGCUCACACAGGGGAAUGUGCACCUGAUGAAAUAUAUGCAGUGGCACAAGAAUUGGAGGCCCACGUUAGUAGCUUCGCAGCAAGGGUCGAGCAACGGCGUCGCAGAUUAGAUCUAGCAGUAGUAUUUUAUACUCAUGAAAAGGAGCUGACCGGUUGGGUAGACGAGUUACGUCAGGAAUUGCAACAGGAUGAGGUUGCGGAAAAUUUAGAGACAGCGGAAAGAUUGUUGGAACAAUGCGCGCAGCAUAGAUCGUCCUGUCUUGAGGCGUGUGCUUCGACAAUAGCCCAGGGUGAAGCUCUGCUGCAAGAACUACGCGAGGCAACCGACGCGCCCGACACAACCGGCUCGAUAUCAGCGGUGGAGUCAGCUUUGGACAGAUUAGCAAGUUUGAGACAAGAAUUAGAAGACUUGUGGGCGACGAAGAAGCUGAGACUGGAACUGUGCCUACGAUUACGCGUGUUCGAGCGCGACGCACUAGAGACUAGCGGUCAGCUGGAGAUGUGGGCGCAGGAGCUGCAAGGCCCACCGCGAGAAGGUUCUCCAGAACAGUUGCUACGCGUACAUAACGAUGGAGUCGCCCAUAUGCAAAAUACCGUUUUCCAAAUUCUGCACCGUGGGCAAGAAUUGGCGCAAGUUUUAGAGGAAGCAGGGUUGUGUAUUAUGGCGGACGGUCAGCAUAGUGCGGCGGCGCGGGUGCAGGUGCUUCUCGAGUUUUUGAACGAGAGAGAAUUGGAUGCAGAGGACCUCGCGGAAAUGCGAAGAGUACGGCUAGAGCAAGCCUCUCAAUUAUUGCAACUGCAGACAGAUGCUUCUCAUGUGAUCAAGUGGAUACGAAACGGCGAGUCGAUAUUACUGGCUUCGCUGAGGAUACCAGACGAUUUCGAAGAUGCCGAUCAAUUAGGAAAGGAACACUAUCAUUUUCAACUUGCGAUAACGAAUACUCAUGCGUCUGCCGUGCAAGUGAAGCAUAAAGCGGAUUCGUUGAUAAGCGGGAAUCAUUACGAUCCUAAAAGUAUCAGGGAGGUCGCGGAGGAUGUUACCAAACGAUGGCAGCAACUAGUGACCUGCGCGGAAGAACGACAUAAAUUAAUUACUGCCAGUUUAAACUUUUAUAAAACAGUAGAUUCGGUACGUUCGGUUCUCGACAGUUUAGAACUGCAAUAUAACGUGGAUGACGAUUGGUGUGCCGAUGGAGAAAAAGCCGCGGGAAUACCGGCGAAUAUCACGAGACACCAGGAGCAGAAGGAAGCCUUUCUAAAGGCGUGCACGUUGGUACGGCGAACCGGGGAAACUUUCUUAAAAUAUAUCAAUCGUAGUCUACAAUUUUACAGCUAUCACGCUAAUAGCGCCGGUUCCGCAAACAAAGUGAAAAAUAUUUUGGAGGAGCUAGUUAGUAAGGAAAAUAAAGUGCUCGAAUAUUGGACGCAACGAAAGAAACGCUUAGAUCAAUGUCACCAGUAUGUUCUGUUUGAACGUAGUGCAAAACAGGCUCUCGAGUGGAUAAAAGAAACUGGGGAAUUGUAUUUAGCGACGCAUACCAACGUCGGUAAGAAUCGCAUCGAAAACGAACAAUUGUUGCAAGAGCAUAUCGAGUUUAAGGGUGCAGCGAAGGAAACGAGAGAGAGAGUGAAAUUGUUGAUUCAACUCGCUGACAAUUUAGUCGAGAGAGGUCAUGCUCAUGCCGCGGCGAUCAAACAAGCCGUUGCCGAAGUCGAUCAACGAUACAAAGACUUUAGUACGCGAAUGGAUUGCUACAAGACACAAAUCGAAGGCGAUCUAGGUAUUCAGUCUGAUGAGGUGCACAGAGAUCUGUCGAUCGAUCGGAAUUCGGAUCCAUUGCUGGAAGAAAAGAUCAAGGGUAAAGAUCUGAAAGAAUUGAACGAGGAGAAGAGAAGAUCUGCACGAAGGAAAGAAUUUAUUAUGGCUGAACUGUUGCAAACCGAACGUACGUACGUGAAAGAUUUGGAAACUUGUAUCCGUUGUUUCUUGGAUGAGACGCGAUGCGGAAAGGGAAACGUUCCGAUGGGUUUACAAAGUCGGGAAUCGAUCAUUUUUAGCAAUAUAGAGGAGAUACAUCAGUUUCACAGCAAUGUCUUUUUACGCGAGCUAGAAAAGUACGAAACCAUGCCAGAGGAUGUGGGACAUUGUUUUGUAGUGUGGGCACCUAAAUUCGACAUGUACGUUACUUACUGUAAGAAUAAACCCGAGAGCAAUCAACUAUUAAUAACGCACAGUGGAACAUGGUUUGAGGAAUUGCAGAGAAAGCAUAGAGUGGAACAUCCUAUCGCUGCAUAUCUAAUCAAACCUGUACAAAGAAUUACCAAGUAUCAGCUGUUACUCAAGGACUUGCAGGCUUGUUGCCAAGAAGGACAGGGCGAAAUAAAAGAGGGAUUAGAAGUGAUGUUAAAUGUGCCUAAAAAAGCUAACGAUGCCUUACACUUAAGUCUACUGGAAGGUUGCGACGUUAGUAUAGAUGCGCUCGGUGACGUUGUAUUGCAAGAUUCAUUCACAGUGUGGGACCCAAAACAGUUGAUCAGGAAAGGAAGAGAUCGUCAUAUAUUUCUUUUCGAAUUGUAUCUUCUCUUUACAAAGGAAGUGAAAGAUUCUGCAGGAAAGGUGAAGUACGUUUAUAAAAAUCGCCUGUUGACCUCCGAAUUGGGCGUGACCGAACAUAUCGAAGGCGACGAAUGCAAAUUCGCGGUAUGGACAGGACGAGCACCGACCAGCGACACACGCGUGGUAUUGCGUGCCAACUCGAUGGACGCGAAACAGCUGUGGGUGAUGCGGUUACGCGAGGUGAUACAGGAGACCUUCUUAGGCAAGAAUAUGCCCAAGAGCCCCGCUAAAAAGAGCUCUAGUCAACGCUCCAGCAGAGAUCUAGAGGAGUGUGCAUCCUUGGACGAGAGUGUGGAGAAUCUUGACAGAAAUUCCUUAGCUUCUUUUGGUUCGACUAACACUACAGAUUCUGACAAGACCGGAGUCGUCGAGAUGACAUGGGUGGUCGCUGAUCAUAUGGCCGCUCCCGGCUCCAAGGAGCUCAGCGUGACAAAGGGGCAGCAGGUCGAGGUGCUGGAGAAUGGUAACGCAAACGCCAGCACCAUCGGUGGCAUGCCCAACGCUGGUGAAUGGACCCUGGUGCGUCUGCCGCUCACGCCCGGACAAGUCGAGCCGGCCGCAGAAGGUCUAGUGCCCACCAGCGCCCUGAAACAACCGCCAACCGCCUCCUGCAAAACUUCGCCGUCCAGAAAAGCGUCCACGCAACAGCAACAAUCGCAGCAGCAGCAGCAGCAGCAGCAGCAGCAGCAGCAGCAUCAUCAUCAUCAUCAUCAUCAUCAUCACCAUCAUUAUCACCAGUCACAACAGCAGCAGCAGCAGCAGCAGCAGCAGUCGCAUCAUCAUCCUUACCAUCAGCAGCAAAUCAAUCAAGCAAUCGUCCAAACGCAGCAACAGCAAAAGCAACAGCAACAGCAGCAACAGCAACAGCAACAGCAGCAAACUGCCGUCACAUCUUCGAUUUCCACCAACACGUUGCCACCGACCUGCUGCGUAGCUGGCAUCCCGUCGAUGACGCAGCAAACUUCCUCGUUGACCACAUUGUCAUCCACGGUGCUGUCGCCGAUGGAGGAUGCGGAAAACGCUGGAAGCGACGGUAGCGGGUCGGUAACUAGUACAAAUUCACCUGGCAACAAGAGGCGAGUUUUCAGCGGACGGAAGUGGCUCCCACCUUCUUUACGCAAACUUAGCCAAGGUAAAGUCGAGAAAACCAAUACAGCCGCGCCGACGUCAUCGCCUCCUUUGAUUGGGCCGUCUUUGAAGAAAAGCGACUCGGACAAACGCUUUAAAUUACCGAGCGGCGUCGAACAUAAUCGGCGGCCUAACAAGACGGCGUUCGAAGCAGAGGCUGAGGUGCAGGAAGGCGAGGAAAUCUGUAAGGGCGAGGGCGAAGGCGAGGGGGAGGAGGAGGAAGAGGAGGGCGAAGGUGAAGAACAGCAAGAGGUUGAGGUGGACGCGGACGCGGACGCGGACGUUACGGAGAGCGACGACACGGUGGCGACGAGUUUGCAGGAGCAGAACGGUGGCGAAGAUGCCGACGACGAUCUAGAACUUCCACCUCCGAUGAAGCCUAUAACCGAACCGAUACUUGUAGCGACUGCAAAUGGUCCAUCAGGAUCUACGAUACCGAGUGAAUUGCCCGGGAAACGAUCUGCUAGUCUGUCGGAACGUACAAAGAUUCUCGAUGGCGGCGGCGGCGCCACAACGGCCGAUCUUUCGGAGAUCGAGCAGAUCGUCAAAGAGAGAAUGGAGCAACAUACAGAAAAUCAGGAGAGGCAUAGUCUUAUGCGAACUCCUAAUGGGAAAUCCCUAACGUUAAGCAACGAGGAGGAAUAUUGUAACGCGACUAUUAACGCGACAAUCACUUCCGACGAGUCAGAUCCAGAAAAUAGUGCGAUCGCAAAGCGGCAGUUUGUUAUUCGCGAGCUGGUGGACACCGAGAGAGAUUACGUCAAUGACUUGAAGCAGAUAGUCGAAGGUUACAUGGCACUAAUGCGAAAUCCUGAAUGCGAGAUUCCAUUACCGGAAGAUCUACGCGCUGGGAAAGAUAAGAUGGUUUUCGGUAACGUAGAAGCUAUCUACGAAUGGCACAGAGACUUUUUCCUCAAAGCUUUGGAACGUUGUUUGGAACGUCCUGAAGAGCUCGGACCUCUCUUUAAACGUUACGAACGAAAGUUGCACAUGUACGUGGUUUAUUGUCAGAACAAGCCCGUUUCGGAAUACAUUGUAUCCGAAUAUAUAGAUACUUAUUUCGAGGAACUUAGGCAAAAACUUGGGCAUCGUUUGCAGCUCUGCGACUUGCUGAUCAAGCCUGUACAAAGGAUUACAAAAUAUCAACUUCUUCUACGGGAGGCACUGCGCCUCACUGAACGAACUCAAAGGUUAUCGGAAAUCGAAGGCCUCAGAGCGGCGGCUCAUGUCAUGCGAGUUAUUCCUAAAGCUGCAAACGAUAUGAUGGACGUUGGGAGAUUACAAGGUUUUGACGGUAAAAUAACGGCGCAGGGAAAACUCUUGUUACACGGCCCGCUUCUGGUGUCGGAAAUAUCAAACGUUAUGAUGAGAGGAAGGGAAUGGCAAGUCUUUCUUUUUGAGCAAAAUAUCAUCUUUAGCGAAACUGUCGGCAAGAAGACGCAAUUCACCAAUCCUGUCUACAUAUAUAAAGCACAUAUUCAGGUAAACAACAUGAGUCUGGAAGAUUCGAACGACGAUCCAGACAAGUUUAUCAUUCGAUCGACGGAUCCCCGAAACCCUGGGCUAGGAUUCUCUUGUAGCAUAGCUGAAGAAAGUAGUGGACCGCGCAGGCAGGAGUGGGUAGAUACCAUCACUGCCAUCCUGCAAACUCAGCGCGAUUUCCUGAAGGCGAUACAAUCACCGAUUGCCUACCAGAAGGAACUUACCAAAGAUCCACUCCGUGCCAUCAUCACCACCACCAUCACCACUACCACCACAACUACUACUACUAUUGCUACUACUACUACUACUACUACUACUACCACAUCCGAACCUGUGAUACGAACAACCGUAUCGGUUCCUCCGACGCUGGUAGUCUCCGAAUCGACGAACCGAGACUACAGGGUGAAUCAGCAACCAUUGCAACGCUCGCAAACCGGAGGAUUGGAAUGCGUGCAACCACGUACCCCCAGUCCAACAAAGAGUAGGCUAAACUUCCUGGAAGGAUUUAAGAAUACUCUACGUACACGCUCGCCGAUUCGCAACAAUUCCAUCCCGGUCGUUCCAGGUGCACGCGUAAGAUUGGCUGCGGAUUGGGGAAAGUUACAUGCCGGAGACGAACUUGUUAUCUCCCACUUGGACGGUCCGGGCUUAGUGGUGUCCCCUGUCAAUACCAGAGACGAGUUGUGGAUCCCGGCGAGUCUUAUUCCGAACUCGGCAAUCAGCCGAUCGUGGUCGUUUCGACCACGGAAGAUUGAUCUCGCAAGAUGCCACGUCACCGAUCCCCGGGAAUUAACGACGACAACAAUAACGUACCCCGAAGACAAAAGGCCAAUUAUCCUGAAUAGUCCGACAUCGAUGAUUCGCGCGACCGUUGGUGAAGUCGUUAGACUGUCCAUUGAGACGCACAACGCGGAUAAUGCGACUGUCGCCUGGAGGAAGGAGGGCGAGAAUCAAUAUAUAAGAGAGAAUGAUCGAUAUCAGUUCCAACGAAGCGCGGGCUUUGUAUACUUACAAAUCAAUGGUUGCCGAACUUCAGACUCCGGGAUAUAUCACUGUCAUCUAAUAAGUGAAACAGACUCUUCCUCCGCUGGAAUUUCUCUCUACAUCGUAGGCGGAAAGAGUAGCACUUCCGCACGUGUUUUAGCAUGCUCAAAGGUGGAGAUCGAUUGGGACAGGCAAGAGAUCAGUGGUGGGUCGUGUAAUAUAGAAUGCAGAAUUUUACCAUCGCAACAAUGGGUGGCGAUAUCGAAACAAGUUAACGAGCCACCUGUUUUACUGAAUGUGUCAACGGAUGCUUCAUAUAGUUUUCGAGUGGCGGAUGACGAUGGGAGAACGACUUCACCAUCGAUCGUAGUGACCCUAUCGCGAUCAGACGUCGGUGGUGGCACGGAAUGGGAAGCCAAGCAGUUUAUUAGCAGGUAUUUGGAGCUAGACGAACUGGGUAAUGGUAGAUUUGGCACAGUUCGCCGUGCCAGGGAUAAAGGCACCGGUCAAGAGGUGGCACUCAAGCAAAUUCCACGACACAAGCAAUCGAGAUUACUGACGCGCGCGGAAUACGACGUGCUGGCUUCCACUCAUCACGCUAACAUUGUCAGAGCGUUCGCAUUGUUCGAGAACGCGCCUCGAUCUGGAGUCGACACCAUUGUCUUGGAACUGGUCAGAGGUCCAACGUUGUUUGCACAUUUGAGUGAAAAAACGGAAUACACCGAGGCAAUGGCGACACGAUACACUUAUCAGCUGUUAUCCGCAUUGCAUUGGUUACACUGUCGCAGCUGGGCGCAUCUGGAUAUAAAACCGGAGAACAUUCUGAUUGAUCAUGAGAUGGACCAGGUGAAGGUAAUAGAUCUGGGCGAAGCAGUUAGAGCUCCCAUUGACGAAAUUGUGCCGCCCCCUGCCGAUUUGGAAUUUGCAGCACCGGAGUCGGUACUAGGUAGACCGACCGGCACUUACACGGAUAUGUGGGCCGUCGGAGUUUUUAUUUAUGUUUUGCUAAGUGGAUUGUCGCCUUUUUUGGACGACUCCGUCGAGGAAACCACCGCCAACAUUCUUAAGUGCGAUUUCUGUUUUCCCGACGAAUAUUUCAAGAUUAUAUCCAGCGAUGCAAAGGAACUCCUCAAGAGAAUGUUAUGCCUGCGUGGUGAGGAUCGAAUGAACACAGAAACCUGCCUUGGUUCGCCAUGGUUAAAAAUAUCAACUGGUGCUACCAUACCGUCCACUAGAAUGGUCGCAUUUAUAGAACGUCGUGCACACUGUUUUAAACUGCAUCAAGACCAUAAUGACAGUUUUCAUUCCUAAGAUCAACAAUGCAGUAAGCAUGUUACUUAAAAUACAUGACAAAUUUACAUAUGUAAAUAGCAAAAUAUA